CUGACAAUGUCUGGGACAGGGUUGCAAAACAAAAUGACUUCUAUCCCUACCUUGGAUUGCUCUAACAUUGCAAUGAAUCUGAAGGAUGAAGAAAUUUCAGUAGAAACACUGAAAGAAUUUGGGCAGAACUUAUUUGAAUCUUUUCAAGUGUAUGGAUGUGCUGUUCUUGUUAACCAUGGAGUUUGCAAUAAAUCUAUAUCUGAUGCAUGGGAGGCUAACAAGUCAUUCAAUUCUCUUGGCUACAAGGAGAAGAUGCAGUAUGAACCAGGACAAGUAACUGGCUUUCACAAUAUGCAUGGAUACCAAGCAAUGGGGAAAUAUGAUGGUCCUAUAGACAUUGAUUGGUGUAUAAGGGAGUCAUUCAGAUUUGUUCCCACAAGAGCUAAGGAGACAAAUUUCAACCCUGAUGAUUCAGUGCCUGGUUACACAGAGGCUUUCACAAAUCUAUGGGAGGCAUCAUAUCAGCUGGCCAAGCGCCUCCUCACCUCCUUGACCUUUCCUCUGGCAAUAAAGAACCAGAACUAUUUUACAGAACUGUUUGAGCAUAUUCAUACACAAGGAUGUAACGCCACUGGGUUGAGAGGGAAUGGUUACCAAGCUGUUCCUGAACAACUGAAAGAUGAUAAAUUUGCUAAGAGUGAUAGAUUCACUGAGCACACAGAUAAAGGAAUGUUCACUGUGCUCUACCAAGAUGUGGUCUCUGGACUUCAGGUGCAAGCUAGGAGUGGGGCGUACAUAGUAGCUAAGCAUGUGCCUGGCAGCAUUCUUGUGCAAGUGGGGGAGAUCCUACAGAGGGUCACUGCAGACAAGAUACCAGCUACACCUCACAAAGUGGUUGUGACUGAGGAACAGAAGAAACAGUCAAGACACAGUCUCGCUUACUUCUUGUUUCCUGACAAGGAUCAACUUCUAACAUGUUUUGAUGGCAGUGACACCUAUCCUCCAAUCAGAACAACACAAAUGACUGACACACCUGAUAAACUGCUACAUUUUGAAAAGGCAGCUUAAAAACAAGUCACCGAUCAAUUAGUGCAGCCUGUGUCUAAUCAUGGCAGUGAGAUUUCAGGUUUUAAAAAUGAAGAAAUGUUUGAUAAACUGCAACUAGAUAACAGCAAUGCCAAAGCGUUGCAAAUCCCAUCAAAUAGCCAUGG